UAUUUCAUCAAGUUUGUUUGCAGAGUUUAACUCCAUUAGGAAGGUGAACUAGAGACCAGCAACAACUGAAUAACAGAACUUCCACAGCGCUGCCCGAGCCCUUCAGUUUCAGAACUUUUAGUUGCAUCAAAUUAGGAACUUUCACUCAAAACAGCAACGUGUUUCCUCAUACACACACACACAGAAAGACAGAGACAGACAGAGAGAAGGGGACCAGACAGACUAACCCUCACCUUGUAGCCGGAAAGGUUGCGUCUUUCCCGGAGAUGAAGAUCCAGUUCGCUCCGCUAAACAUCCCGCUGCGGAGGAGACUCCAGACAGCUGCUGUGCUGCAGUGGGUUUUCUCUUUCCUGGCGCUAGCCCAGUGCUGUCUAGCAGGCUAUGUGUUGCUAUGCGUCUCUGACUGGUGGGUUCUGGCUGCGCUGUAUGCUGGUUGGCUGUAUCUGGACAGGGACACACCCACCAGUGGGGGUCGGAGGUCAGAGUGGCUUCGGAACUGGAGCGUCUGGAAACACUUCAGAGACUACUUCCCUCUCAAUCUCAUAAAGAUGGUGGAUCUGGACCCUGGUUCUAACUACAUCUUUGGGUUCCACCCCCAUGGUGUUCUAGUGGCGGGGGGUUUUGGGAACUUCUGUACGGAGGCGUCAGGGUUCUCCUCGCUGUUCCCCGGGCUGACCCCCUACCUCCUGAUGCUGCCAUUCUGGUUCAGAGUACCCUUCUUUAGGGACUACAUCAUGUGUGGAGGUCUGGUAUCCAGUGAGAAAGCCAGCCUGUCCUACCUGCUCUCAGCUCCUAGAGGAGGUAAUGUGGCGGUGGUGGCUAUAGGGGGCGCUCCAGAGGCUCUAGACGCCCGGCCAGGUGCUCUCACCCUUCAGAUUCUACACCGCAAGGGAUUCAUCAAACUGGCACUAAAACACGGGGCUCAGUUAGUACCUGUGUUCUCCUUUGGGGAGAAUGAGCUCUUCGACCAGAUGACCAACCCUACCGGCUCGCCGCUCCGUUGGCUACAGGACCACCUGCAAAGGCUCAUGGGAGUGGCACUGCCGCUGUUCACCGGGAGAGGAGUGUUCCAGUACAGCUUUGGUCUACUGCCCUACAGACAGCCCAUACACACUGUUGUGGGUAGGCCUAUUCCAGUGGUCCAGACCCCCUCUCCCACUAAGGAUGAUAUAGACGGUCUCCAUUCUCUCUACCUGGAGGGCCUCACUACGGUGUUUGAAGACAACAAGGAGAACUACGGCAUUGCACCAGACAAACACCUCCACUUCAUCUAGACACACAUCUGUGUGAAGAGUUGUUCACACGUAUAAUCAGAAAAAAAAUAAGAUUUACAGAUUAACCCAAAGAUGCUGCAACACCUUCUAGGUCAGAGUUCUAGCUUUUUUUUCUACUGUUAUUGACUUGUUUAUUGUUUACUCCAUGUGUAACUCUGUGUUGUUGUCUGUUCACACUGCUAUACUUUAUCUUGGCCAGGUCGCAGUUGUAAAUGAGGACUUGUUCUCAACUAGCCUACCUGGUUAAAUAAAGGUGAAAUAAAAUGUUUAAAAAUA